AUGAUGACUGGCAUGUUCCAGCGCCGAGAAGCGACGGUGCUUGAUGGACCGGAGAAGCUGGUUUGGAAUAGAAGGAAGGGAUCGAAGGAUAAUUCAAAUUCGGGAGCUGAGAGUACUUCGGCGAACUUUACAACGUCUAUAAUCUUGCCUACGCAUACCAGAGCACCGCGAACGGACGCCGUCGACUCCACUACGCAUCAUCUCAUUACAUAUUCGAAAAAAGGAGCCGUAGCUCACACAAGCGUCUCUACAGGCCCGACUUCAUCCAAGAGAAUAUCGGAGGCUAAAAAAUCCAGUUUGACUGCCACUGAUUCAACAACCUCAGUAGAGUGUAUCAAGAACCCAGCUUCGUCCACGGCGCCAGGCGUGGCUCCAUUUGCACCUGCAUUCAAGUCAUCAAAUUCUCGAAAACCCAGUUCAACUCCGGCUUCAGCCACCGUUCCUGAUGCUACAUAUGCCCCAGUCACCUCGAGGAGAGCUAGAAAGUCGUCCCCAAUCGCUUUGGCACCUACUUCGAUUCCAUCCGUCUCUCCUAGGCCUUUCUCUCCUACAUCAGCUCCGGCAGCUAAAAUACCAUCAUCGACCGGCAGUCCUUCAGCAUCAACCACGGCAGCCGAAAAAUCAACGAGCCCGAUUUCAAAAACUACAUCUUCCCAUGCCAAAAAGCAAGAAUCGACAGCGAUAUCCCAGACAAAAAUAUCAACACUCCUUCCCGUCAUGUCCGCAAAACACAUAUCAUCCUCUGCCUCCGCAAUAGGCCAGGCCCUAUCAGCAGUAGCCAGCCCCCUCCCAACAAACUCAGUACCCGCACUUGAAGUAGGCAGUGGCACGAGCGCAGGGGGGCCAUCUGGUGGAAAAGACUUAGAUGGAAGCAUUACCAUGGAUAGCAGCAUCGAUACCCCUCUUGGCAGAGGCAGCAAGACGACCGUGAUAGUCGGUUCUGUUGGGAUUGCUCUAGCAGCUACCGCCAUCUUCCUCGGCAUCAUCUUCCUGAUCCGCCGCCUGUUGCGCAGACGCCGCACCGGAUACACCGCCGAUUCCCCCCCGUCCUCUCCCAUCUUCAAGCCUCUCGGAUCGCCUCUGCAUUUAUCCAUGGGCCGCAGCUUAAGUCUGAGAGACGGCGACGGCGGCGAUCUAUGGGGCUUCAGCAAUGGGAAUACUAUUGCUGGGCCCAGAAUCGCGCCCGGGAGGAGGUUACUGCCGCCACCGCUGAGUCCGCUGGCACGGCUCUCGAUGGGCCACAGCAAUCGACAUUGGCAAAAUCAAUUUCCGGGGUUCGUCCUGCAUCCUAGUACGAGUAUGAAGGAUGCGAAGGGAAAGAUGGAUUUCUAG